CGGCACGGCACCACUCGGUACCAGUCGUUCGUUGUCUUUCGCUCGUUGCGGUCACCCGUUUACUCGCAGCGGGAUUAAAAUCGAGCUUCCCUCCUAUUUCGCGGCGUGCGUGCGUGCUGUGGUGCUGCUUCGCGUGUUUCUUGCACCACUCUCGGGGGUUGUGGUGCGUCAAAUGGCGAUAAAAAGAAUUUAGUGAAGAAAGUGAAACAAACCGGCCGAAGCUUUACGGUAGCAACCGGUGUCGUUGUUCAAGGAAGGAACGUAGCGACUGGCCAAUAAAUACAUUACUUCCGAAAAAAUAAAACACUGUGAGUGAGAAGAGUAAAACAAGCUUAAAAACCCACAAACAGACAAAGCUGAAACAAUGGUGAACAAACAAUACAACGUACAUAAUCCGAAGCUGCACAAAUCGAAGCCCGGCCCGGUGGGUGGUGGCGCCGGAAGUGGAAGCAGCGGACACAGUUCCCCGUCCCCGUUGCGCACUUGCUAUCCGAUCAUUUCCACGCGUCCGACCGGAUCCACCGACGAGGACGGGUUUUCCGUGGAAAGCGACAGCAAUAAUAUGUCCGAUCAUCAGUCGGUCAAGAGCGGUGGUAACGGGUAUGGUGGCCACCCACGCCAGCUGCCACCACCACCUCCACCACCGACCCAUCGGCAUCGUGGCACGCAAAGUACUCAGCCACACCAGCAACAGCAACAGCAACCGCAGAACAAUUUAAAUGUAAGCCGCCGUUCGGCUUCGGCGGAGCUGGUGCGCGGAGGCCCCGAGGAGGACGACGAUGGGCUGUACGGACGGAACAUUCAGUUCUACAGCGAGGGACGGGGAGUGGGCGAAACGGACGUGGUGGGUGAAAGUGGACAUAUCGGGGGACGGUUCGGUCACGGACACGGCGGCAAGGAGUUGACCAUCAGUGACAUUGGCCGAUUUCAGUACAUACUGCAGAUGGAUCGAGAAGUGGGCACUCCCUACAGUGGAUACACAGCGGCAUCGACAGACUGUGCCAACACGCUGCCCUCCUCACCAUCACCCACCUCCCUUGGAAGCAUCCACAACCGGCAAAGUUUCAACUUUUGGAAGGCCGGUUCCCAGACACCCCUGUCCACAUCGUCCUCCAGCAGUUCCUUCUUUCGGCCGAACCAGCGCUGCCUGCUGUACAAGAUACUCAAAGUGAUCUGGCGCUACAUAAAGUGGCCACUCGGGCUGCUGCUGAUAUGUGGUUUGCUCGGUCUGGUGGUAUACUUCCUGGUUGUGGAUCGUGACAUCAUGAGCAGUGGGUUGUUGGGCGAAGACGGUUACGAGGUGGACGAGAAUUUGUCGAUCGAUUUUAACGAUUUCACCAGCACGAACGAUCUGCACUUCGAUCAUCGCUUUACCGGAGGCACCUCCAAAGAGCCCAAGGCCAAGGACUCGCAGGGUUCGGGCCGCACGGUGGACACCAAAUUUUCGUUCGGUCUGGACAACGAUCUGCUGGCGGUGUUCGGUACGCACGCCAAGAAACCUUCCUUCGAGUGGCCUACGACGGCAUCGACGACCACCGAGCCCGGAUCGUCGGAACGUCAGCGUACGGAGAGUGCCAGCGAGGAGCUGCCCGCGCUGGUGGUCAAAGUAACCGAUGCACCGAUUCGCAAAACCAGCACAAUCUCGUUGAAAGACUACACCAAGGCACGCGUCGUGUUUGACGAUGAAGAUUUCCUCGAUGCGGACGAUGGACAAAGCCGUACGCAACCAGCGCCAGCGCAUCGGCCGGAGGGCACCACCCGGGCAUACGAGCCGGGCCACGCGGCCGACCCAGCAGCGGCAGCCAUUCAGGUGGGACCCCGGGACGGUCCGGUACGAGGGACGGAGGUGCGAGGGUUCACCUCCGGCCAUCAAAACAAUUUUGGCGUCCCGAUCGAGGAGGACGAGCGCCUGUUGCGCAAGCUGAACGACCAGCUAAUGCAACUGGAGCAUCUGAGAGAAAAAAAUGUAACAGUUCCGUCGGCCACCACCGAUUCCAGCCUCUACAGAACGAAGGUGUCCCCAACGCUACCGAUUCUGUCACGCUUUGAGAUCACUACCGAGGGAUUGAAGCGGUUUAACAUAUCUGAAGAAGGUAUUUGUCAGUCUACUUCACUUCCACUUUGCCGCGGAGUUCUACCAUAUGAUCUUACGGUGUCGACGAAUCGGCAACUGUCUGCGCUCGAGUACGACCACUUCCAGUAUCUGAUCAACUCCAAGUGUUCGGUGCGCGUCGCAGAAUUCGUGUGCCUGGUGCUGGAACCGGAAUGUCGCCCAACGCGCAUGGGAACGCUGGCGCCGUGCAAGCGCAUUUGCAAGUCUAUUUUGGAGCCCUGUGCCCAUAUCAUCGCAAGUUCGGAAGCCUUAACAGCAACCUUCGACUGUGAUAGCUACCCGGACUCGGACGAUCGAAACGUUUGCGAGGAUCCAACCCGUUUAGGGCAGUGCUAUGCGAACGAGUUCCAGUGUGGCAGCGAUUCUAGCUGUAUACCGCUGCAAUGGAAAUGCGACAACAUUAAGGACUGUCACGGUGGGGAGGACGAGUCCGACUGCAAGCAGUGCGAGCGGGACGAAUACCGAUGCAUGUCGAAUGACAAAUGCAUCCCGGAUAAGUGGCGCUGCGAUCAGUACGAAGAUUGCCCGGAUGCAUCGGACGAGUUGGAUUGCUACUACGACGAGCCGACCACCUUCCCGACGGCCUACGGUAGCCAACGGGAGUAUCCUUUCGUGCAAGUACAGGUUCCCAACAGUCCGAACGGCCGCCCCUACAUUACGAUCACCAAUGAGGAUCGAUCCCAAUCGGAAGGUCACCGUAACUCUCAGGAAAGUGCCAUCCCUACUGGCGCUCGUGAGUAUGCCAACUAUGGCACCUCGGAGGAAGACGAAGAAGGUGACAAGUAUGAGCCGACGGCAGCCGAAAAUGCUCCCUUCAUCAAUCGACACCGUAAUCGUACUACGAACGAGGAUCAGCCAUCUACUACUGCUGCUGGUGAUGCCGAUGCGACGACCACUACCGUGCGAUCGAGCGAGAAAAAGAUCGAGGAUCAAACAGAAGCCGAAACGAGCCGGACAAUAUCGGUGCCCAAGUCGUUAGUGAACUUCCAGGACAGCAAGGAAAUCAUGAUGACGUCAGACUCGGAGAAUGAUUUCAAGAUCAGCAGCACUAGCAGGGAUUUUCUAACGACGGCCCACGUGUCCCCAUGUCCGGAGGGAGAGCUGCGUUGUGUCAGUGGUAUCUGCAUAUCCGUCAGCCAGCUGUGUGAUAGGGUCGCAGAUUGUGCCGAUGGAGCUGAUGAGGCAGGAUGCAGCUACAAGGAAUAGAAAAAAAACGGCAGCAAACAGUGAUGUGUGUGUGUAUGACUUUUUUUUGUGUGUUUGGGUUGGAGCCAGCGAUUCACGGAUAUCGUUAAUCAUACACACUGUUGCUUGAUUUUUAUAUUGUUGAUUUGUGUUAAAAGAGCGCAUCAUUCGGAUCUUAUCAUUUAUAAACGACUGCGAGGAACGGCUGACUCCAGCAGCAGCAGCAGCAGCAGCAGCAGCAGCAAAAGGGUAUUAAUAUUCAUUCUAUACGGUGAAGAACCUGUGUUCGAAAGGCUUGCAUCGUGUGGUACGACGCCACACAGGAAUCGACGUUCAUCAGAGCUGCCUGUUACCAUCAUUAUACGAUAAGAUUGUUUUUAAAACCAGUGUAAAGUAAGAUUGUUGUCAUCCCCGUAUGUUCAUUGCAAUCGUCAUUGUGUUAGGCAUUAGGAAAACGUUUCAUUCAAACACCCUUUGCGCUUUGUACAUAGAAGGCACCUCUUGACACUCAUUAUUAACGCUCUCAAACAUCUUUUGUAAAUGUUUUAUCAUUAUCGGAUAAUAAAGACAGUGAAAUGAAAA